AAACACAGUCUACCAAGUUACCAACAAAUCAGUAGCCUUCUGACACAAGGAAGAGGAAGCUCUUUUUUGAUCCCCCACUAAUAAGUUGGUUUUUUUUUCCCUACAAGAUUACUUCGUCUUGAUUCGCCAUUGUUGCUCCUUCCAACCUUCCAUCAUGGUUCUCGAGGCUACUAUGAUCUGUAUCGAUAAUUCGGAAUGGAUGCGAAACGGUGACUACGCGCCCACAAGGUUUCAAGCGCAAGCUGACGCCGUUAAUCUCAUAUGUGGAGCUAAGACGCAGUCUAAUCCGGAGAAUACCGUGGGAGUUCUAACAAUGGCAGGCAAAGGAGUCCGUGUUUUGGUCACGCCGACCAGUGAUCUCGGCAAGAUAUUGGCUUGCAUGCACGGUUUAGAAAUAGGUGGUGAAAUGAACUUGGCUGCUGGGAUUCAGGUAGCUCAACUGGCUCUUAAACAUCGCCAAAACAAAAAGCAGCAACAAAGAAUUAUAGUUUUUGCUGGAAGCCCAGUUAAAUAUGACAAGAAGGUAUUAGAAACAAUUGGGAGAAAGUUGAAAAAGAACAGUGUUGCUCUUGAUAUUGUUGAUUUUGGUGAGGAAGAUGAUGGAAAACAAGAAAAGCUGGAGGCUCUCCUCUCUGCUGUGAACACCAAUGACAGCAGCCACAUUGUUCAUGUUCCACCUGGUCCAAAUGCUCUUUCUGAUGUGCUCAUAAGCACACCUAUAUUCACUGGGGAUGGAGAAGGGGGAAGUGGUUUUGCAGCAGCAGCAGCAGCAGCGGCAGGUGGUGUGUCAGGCUUUGAUUUUGGCGUUGAUCCCAAUCUAGAUCCUGAGCUGGCCCUUGCUCUUAGAGUUUCAAUGGAAGAAGAAAGGGCAAGGCAAGAAGCAGCUGCUAAAAGGGCUGCAGAGGAAGCUGCUAGACAAGAAAAAGGAGGGGAACAACCCUCAAACUCACAGGAUACAACUAUGACCGAAAGUGGUACUGUUACAGCCCCUGAAGCUGACAACAAAAGAAAUGAUCUAACGGAUGAUGAGACUGCAUUGCUAGAGCAGGCCAUUGCAAUGUCAAUGGAUGACCCCAGGACUAGUCACUCUGUGGGUGACACAGAUAUGUCAGAAGCAACUACAGAAGAUCAAGAUUUGGCCUUUGCUCUUCAAAUGUCUGUGCAAGACAAUCCAAAAGACUCAGCAAGCCAGACAGAGAUGACCAAGGUGUUGGGGGACCAGUCCUUUGUGUCAUCUAUCCUUGCUUCACUUCCAGGAGUUGAUCCAAAUGACCCUUCUGUAAAAGAUCUUCUUGCAUCCUUGCAAGGGCAAUCAGAGGCCCAACAGAAGAAGAAUGAAGAUAAGCCACCCAAUGAGGAGGACAAAUGAAGAUAAGCCACCUAAUUGCUGCUGAUUCUUAAAGGUCAGAAAGGCUCGGUAUUGUUUUUUUUUUGGGGGGGGGGCAUUAAGUUGCACUUUGCGGAGAGGACAGUACAUGAACAGAUACACAUUAUAUUAUAUGGAAGACUGCAUUCACUCCAUUGUUCAGAUAUCUUUCAUGGAAGUAGAUGGGGUUCUUCAAUGGCAGACUCUGGGUGAAUGGUUGCUAGAAAAAAUCAUUGUUGGUGAUGAUUGUUGCGCCCAUCAAAACUAAUCGACUUUGCUUGCUUCACUGGAAGGAAUACUUAAAAAAAACGCUGUUUGAGUUGAAAGGGAUCUGACAUAUGUCCCUACCUUCUGGUGAGGGCUGUCUUUUGUGUUUGCCCUGAUUCUUAUUUUAUAAUUUUAAGUAGCGAUCAGACCAGAGUGUAAAUGCGGUCUGCACAUGGCUGAUAACACUAUGGAAAAGGAGACAAGGUAAAGCAAUGGGAAACCUAGCAAGGUUGGUUCCUCUGCGCUUGUGACUCCCGGUAUUAUGUCCAUCGGCAUCCAUUUUCGGUUGUGUUGUGGACCGGUGAUGCCACUCGCACUCGCUGGUCUCCCGAUUCGCAAGCGGCUUCGUAUACUGGAAUUGGGUCCGAUCAGUAACCACUCGAAUGCAUGUGUUUUGAGUUUUUGACCUCA